AUGGCUCUCUACCAAGAAUUCAGUGAUGCGGUAAUUUCUAUUCAAUCGUCUAAAGAGUGUCGUGCUGACCCGCUGCAGGAUGCAGCGAUGAUGCUGGAACUUCUUGCCCUACCCUAUGAAAAACAGCCUCGUCAAUGUGGGUGGGUUGAUGGCGGAGUGGCUUGCAGUUAUCCCCUUCUACCAAAUGAAUUCUCGGCUCACUUAAGAGCACUGCAUGGUGUCACGGGUGACGAAAAGACUCUAAUGACUUGUCGAUGGGUUGGAUGCAACACACCGAUGACCAGAGGGAGUGUGCUUCGUCACGUUUUUGAGACCCAUUUAGGAAUCAAGUCCCAGUGUCCCGAGUGCGGGUUAGAGUUCUCUCGGAAGGACAGCAUGAAGAAACAUUACAGGAGCAAACACAGAUAUGAUGUUGAUAGUGAUUCAUUAGACCGUACACGUAAUCUACUAUUAACUAAUGUGACAAAAUCCUAUUCCCAACAAUAUGUACCAGAUCCAUCGGGUUCCACUUCUUUUGUCCAAGCUGUGCCGUCGCCGGCUGGAGGGAUCGAACCAUUUCCGACCGAGACUCGGGCCGGCUAUCUUCCAAUUUCGAAAGAGCAGAAAGAAGACAUUCGAACGGUACGACACCGAAUUACGAAAGCCGAGGCUCUCCGUGACAAGCACUUCUUUGUAAAAAAAUGCUUUAUCAGUAGAGCGUACUACCCCAAAUAA